AUGGUGACCGAGGAAAACUCGUUCCGAGGGAAACCAAAGGAAAUCGAGGAAAUCGAACCAAAGGAAAUCGAGGAAUUCGUCGAGGAACCCAAGGAAUCGAGGAAUCGUAGAGAACGCCAAGGAAAUCGUCGUGGACACCCAAGGUUAUUGAGGGAAAGGAAAUCGUCGAGGAACCUGUUGAUGGAGAAAUCACGAGGACCCAAGGUAACUGAGGGGAAAUCGUUCGAGGAAACUCAAGGUGACAAGGAAACGUCGAGGAACCAAGGAAAUCGUGAGGAAAAACCAAAGGAAAUCGAGGGUACAUCGUUCGAGGAACCCAAGGAAAUCGAGGAAAUCGUCGAGAACCCAAGUAAACGAGGAAAUCGUCUUGAGGAACCAAGCGGUAACCGACGGAAAUCGUUCGAGGAAAUCGUCGAGGAACCGAUGGUGACCGAGGCAAAUCGCGAGGAACCAAAGAAGUCCGAGGAAAUCGGUGACGAGGAAAUCGUAGAGGAACCCAAGGAAAUCGAGGAAAUCGUCGAGGGGAACAAAGGAAGAUCGAAGAAAUCGUCGAAAAACCCCAAGGAAAUCGAAGAAUCGUCGAGGAACCCAAGUAACGAGGGGAAAUCGUUGAGUGAACCAAAGGUAACUGAGGAAAAUCCGUCGAGGAAAUCAUCGAAGAACCCCAAGAGAACUGGCGAGGAACCCCACGGUGAAGAGGAAAUCGUCGAGGAACAAAAGGUAACCAAGGAAAUUGUCGAGGAACCCAAGCGAAAAAUCUUCGUGGAACCCAAAGUAACUGAGGAAAUCGUCGAGGAACCCAAGGUGCCCGAGGAAAUCCUCGAGGAACCAAGGUAUUUGACGGAAUCGUCGAGGAAACCCAAGGAAACGAGGAAAUCGUCGAGGAACCAAAAGGUGAUGAGGAAUCGUCGAGGAACCCAAGGUAACCGCAAGGUGACUGAGGAAAAUCGUCAAGGAAACCCCAAGGUGAUCGAAGAAAUCGUCGAGGAACCCCAGGUAGCUGAGGAAAUCGUCGAGGAACCCAACGGUGACCGAGAAAUCUUCGGGACCCAAAAGGGAUUGAGGAAGGUCGUCGAGGAACCCAAGGUAACUGAGGAAAUUAUGAGGAAAACCAAGGUAACUGAGGAAAUCGUCGAGGAAACCCAAGGUACUGAGAAAUAUCGUCGAUGGAAAAUCGUCGAGAACCAAAG